CUUGCCUUCUGACUUGAUUCUGAACACCAUUCAAGUGGAACCGGAGGGGUAUACAAUCCAGCCCGCUUCUCCAACUUUGGUUGCCCAAAGCCAGAUACAUAAGCACUAGGAUUGAUUGCGCCAUAGCGGAAUCAAAUACACUCAAAAGGUCUUAAGCAUGCGAUGCCCAGCCACAAAAUAAGCCUUCUGAAGGAACCUGUGAUUAUACACGAGAGACCAACUAUAAAACCAACCCGCAACCCCUCACGAUCGACUGCCCUACCCCACCUCACUCUCAUCACCCCAACGCUCACAACCACCAAAAUCACCCUCGGAAUAACCUCAUCUGACUACAUCAGAAACAUCACCCAUCACCCUCGAAAUGGCCGAACCCCUCCACAUCGGCCUCCUACUCUUCCCCGGCUUCCAAGCCCUCGACGUCUUCGGCCCCAUCGACUGCCUAAACGUCCUCUCGCGAACGCACCCGCUAACCCUGAGCAUCCUUUCCCACACCCUAGACCCCAUCUCCACAAAAUCCCCCUUCCACCCAACCUCCAUCUCCCAAACCAUAAACCCCACACACACCUUCUCAAGCCCACCGCCAGACAUCGACGUCGUCCUCAUCCCAGGCGGCCUCGGCACCCGCCUCCUCGACUCAGACCCCAUAACCGCCUCAAUCGCCUUUAUCCGCCAGAUCUACCCGACUCUCCGGUAUCUGAUCACGGUGUGCACGGGGUCCGGUCUCGCUGCGCGGGCGGGCGUGCUCGAUGGGCGGCGAGCAACCACGAAUAAGAGGGCGUUUAGGGAUGUUGCUGCAUGGGGAGGGGAAAGGGUUGAGUGGGUUGCCAAGGCGCGGUGGGUGAUUGAUGGGAACGUGUGGACGAGUUCCGGGGUGAGUGCGGGAAUUGAUGUGACUCUCGCGUGGAUUGCGCAUGUGUAUGGGGAGGAGGUUGCGCAGGGGGUUGCAGAUGGGAUCGAGUAUCGGAGGGUCAAGGAUGCGGGGGAUGAUCCGUUUGCGGAGGUUUAUGGACUAGAAUAGGUAGUGUAGCGAGGUUUUUAUAUAUUUUUUGAAGACCACAACUAUGCUAGUAUUGGCAUUGAUAUGGAAGUCGCAAAGGGCUCGAUCACAACCUUCGAUCUUCAUGAGACCUUUUCGACACGACCAAGAUCAUCCUUACCAGCAUCUGCAUCAUUGUGGCGAUAUUUCAAGAAUGUCAUUCCUGCUUGAGGUCA